AUGGCAGACUCAUUACUUUCUUCGAUCGCUACUUUUCAUACGACUAAGAUCAUAGUCACCGAUCCCUUCAAGUUUCCCUUCAACGGGUCUAUUCCAGCCUCUAUGUAUGCUUGUGUGGCUGAUGCAAGCAAACUAUUCCAAGAAUACAAGAAACUUCCAUCUUCCGAGCCAAGGGAGUUAACUUCGAAGAUGAUCAAGUUAUUAAAGGAAGCUGAUAAACCAGCCAAAAGGGGCAAAAAGCCUAAUUUUAAAAAGAAGGAGAAGGAGGGUCAAGUGUCCACGGUGACUACUCCAAAGAAGCGAAAGUCUGAGAUGGCAGCUCCCUCUCAACCGAAGAAGAGAAAGGUUAAGAAAAUGGCCAAGAAUCCACGACGUGUUUCCACUAGUGAUUUAGACUACACUCCCUUAGAUCUGCAACGGAACACUCCACCAAGCGAAAAGAAAAAGCUGCAAAGCGAUGAUGAUGAUGAUGAUGAUGAUGAUGCCCCUGUCACCAUGUGGCAUCUCAAGGAGCUGAAUGAAAAGCUAGACAAGCUUAUGGCCUCCUCAUCUACUCAGGAUUCUCUUUCUGAGUCUGCUAUUAAAGGCAUUGAUGAUGAUGAUGAUGAUGAGGAUGAGGAUGAUGUUGCUGUUAUAGAAGAAUCGACUCCUAAAUCAAGUUAUCACAAAGUCAAGCCCAACAUUCAAGAGAUUAAAGAAAGAGUUAAUGAAGCUAUUAAUCAGGAGAAUGAAAAGAGUGAAGUGAAUCUGCUUAAACAAAGGAAAUUGAAGUUUUCUCUGUGGUCGUUGGAAAGGCUUCGGAAGGAGGUAAUUGAAGCUCCAAGCUCACAUUGGCUAGAGCCUGUUCUUUCAUUCGAUGCUGAGAAUUCUAAAGAUUCUUAA